AUGCAGUUCCUUACGACCAUCCUCAUGGCAGCCGCCGCCGUCCAGGCCAUCGCCCUGCCAGACCCCGUCGCCAAACCCGCUCCCAACCCCGUUGCCGAGGCAGACCCGUGGUGUACCAAGCCCGGACAGCCAUGCUGGAAGCGUGCCGUCGAAGCCAUGGACAGACGCGAAGCCCUCCCGGAACCCGUUGCCAAGCCGGCGCCGAACCCUGUGGCCGAGCCCGAGCCAUGGUGCACCAAGCCCGGUCAGCCCUGCUGGAAACGCGCCGUCGAGGACGCCAUGCUAGAAGCCGUCAGGCGCGCAGCCCAGCCCGAGCCCGCUCCCGUAGCAAAGCCCGCCCCCAACCCAGUCGCCGAACCGGAGCCAUGGUGUACCAAGCCCGGCCAACCGUGCUGGAAGCGCGCCGUCGAAGAAGCCAUGAAGCGCGAAGCCCUUCCGGAACCCGCCCCCGUCGCGGAGCCCGAGCCGUGGUGCACUAAGCCCGGCCAGCCCUGCUGGAAGCGCACCGUGGAGGACAUCAUGGACGAGAUGCUACGGCGCGAGGCUCAGCCCGAGCCGGCUCCCAUCGCCAUGCCUGCUCCUAACCCUGUCGCGGAGGCUGCUCCCUGGUGCACGAAGCCCGGCCAGCCUUGCUGGAAGCGCGCGGUCGAGGCCAUGGAGAAGCGUCAGCCUGUUCCGGCGCCUGCUCCCGUUGCGAAGGCCAUGCCGAACCCUGUUGCGGUGGCGGACCCGUGGUGCACGAAGCCUGGGCAGCCGUGCUGGAAGAGGGCUGAGCAGGAGGGCAGGGUUGUUCCUGUCACGACGGCCUGGUGA